AUGGGUGACCUGUUUAUGCUCAGGGUGGCUGUGGGCAUAUACUAUGCCACCUUCAGUGCCUCUGCCUGGUCAGUGAACAAUUUCCUGAUAACAGGUCCCAAGGCUUAUCUGACCUACGCUACCAGUGUGGCCUUGGGUGCCCAGAGUGGCAUCGAGGAGUGUAAGUUCCAAUUUGCUUGGGAACGCUGGAACUGCCCUGAAAAUGUUCUCCAGCUCUCUACUCACAACAGGCUGAGAAGUGCCACCAGGGAGACUUCCUUCAUUCAUGCUAUCAGCUCUGCUGGAGUCAUGUACACCAUCACCAAGAAUUGUAGCAUGGGCGAUUUUGAAAACUGUGGCUGUGAUGAAUCAAAAAAUGGAAAAACAGGAGGCCAUGGCUGGAUCUGGGGAGGCUGCAGUGACAAUGUAGAAUUUGGAGAAAGAAUCUCCAAACUUUUUGUGGACAGCCUGGAGAAGGGGAAGGAUGCCAGAGCCCUGAUGAAUCUUCACAAUAACAGGGCAGGCAGGCUGGCAGUGAGAGCCACCAUGAAAAGGACCUGCAAAUGUCAUGGCAUCUCGGGGAGUUGCAGCAUCCAGACAUGCUGGCUGCAGCUGGCUAACUUCCGGGAGAUGGGUGAUUACCUAAAGGCCAAGUAUGAUAGGGCACUGAAAAUUGAGAUGGAUAAGCGGCGACUGAGGUCUGGGAACAGUGCCGAGGGCCACUGGACACCUACUGAGGCCUUCCUUCCCAGCGCAGAAGCUGAGCUGAUCUUUUUAGAGGAAUCACCUGAUUACUGUACCCGCAAUUCCAGCCUGGGCAUCUAUGGCACUGAGGGUCGGGAGUGUCUGCAGAACAGCCACAACACAUCCAGGUGGGAGCGACAUAGCUGCGGGCGCUUGUGCACUGAGUGUGGCCUGCGUGUGGAAGAGAGGAGAACUGAGGCUAUCAGCAGCUGUAACUGCAAAUUCCAGUGGUGCUGUACAGUCAAGUGUGACCAGUGUAGGCAUGUGGUGAAUAAGUACUACUGCACGCGCUCCUCAAGCAGUGCUUGGUCUUGGGACAAGAGUGACAAGCGAUAGCACCCAACGUGAAUUUACUUGCUCAGGUGCAUAACAAUGGAGGGGGACACAGCCUCUCUCGGAGAGAAGAGAGAGUAAAACAACUGGAAAAUCACAGGGUUGAUCUGUAGUUCUCUUGAUAUCUGCUGUACAUGGGGAAAUGGAGGCCCAAGAUUAUACAGCAUAUUGACAGAGAUGAAAUUGAAAUCUGGGCCUCCUAACUUGGGUAGACCUCAUUUCAUCUUUCCUGCAAGUUACUUCCUGGUCUUUGUGCCUGUACUUUCACAGCAUGUUAAAGGGGGAGUUUGGUUUGGGUCUAUAUCCAAAAGGACCCUCAAAGUACUUGCCGCUAAAAGUUUCAGACCAUGUCCAGCCCAGCUGUGUGGCUGAGAAUCAGAGGGAAUGGAAACAAAAAAUGAAAGAAUUCUGUCCAGACUCCUGAAAGAACAACCUUCCCUUACUCUAGCUACCUCCAGA